AUGGCAGCUACUAGCCAAGACCACGGCGAGACAGCAUGUCUCAUCAAACAAGAUGGGAAGUCAUGCCAACCGAACGAAGCAAUUCAUGAGCAUAUGCCACUUGCAGCAGGAAAAGCGUCGUCCCACGAAGGUCACCCAAAACAACACAUCACCUUCAGCGAUCUACCUUCUGAGCUUCGGAACAUGAUCUGGAAGGCGGCGCUCAUGCCCCGCGUGAUCAUACUCAAGCCGCAAGACCGCACCGCCGAGACCAAUUCGCCCACUAGGAUUGACUUCAACAAAAUCCCGGGAAUGCUGUUUGCCAACCGGGAGAGCCGACUCAUUGCUCUGCGUCAUUACGACCAGAGGUUUACCCUCACGUUCUCCGAGCGGGUGCCUACCCAGCCCGACGGGUCAACCAGCCGUCUCAUGUGUCGGAUCCCAGUUAUCAUGUCAACCCUCGACGAGCUCGCGUUUUCUAGGCCCCAGAUUCGUUUCCAGAUGGAGGGUCGCGAUCGCUUGAGUAUCUCAAUCGACGCGGCUCCUGGGGCACCAGAGCCUCAGAUCGAGCGCUUCUCGCUGCUCGGUGACAGUCUCGUGCGUCACGGCAUCGACACAGAGCAUCUAGCACGGCUCCUCAACCCCAAAACCCCAGAGUGGAAAGCCACCAUCAUCAACUUCGACAUCUACGCCACUCGAUAUAUCAGCUGGCGCCCAUUCAGCCGACGCCAAGAGCUCGGGCUCUCCGACCAGCACCGGAAGGGCGUGGAGUCACUCUGCAUUCAAUUCGAAUCCUUUCGUGCUAUUACUCUCGACGAGUGGUUGAGAUCAGGGUUCAGUUCUUGGUGCCGCCAUGACCUGUACUUCGUGGACCAUGGUUACGUUGACGCUUGCGUCUUCGAUCCCACCUGGCCUAAUUCCUUGAAUCGUUGGUAG